AUGAAGUUAUCAGCCUUUAUAUUAGCCCUGCUUUCUACGCAGGUUGUUGCGACAACCAUUGAUGCAGGAGCUAUCAAGGAACAAGACUUCACGAAUGAGGACUUUGAGUUUUUUGAUCGAGAGCUGCAGGUGUUCAGUCUCACCCCAGCUCCAAGUUCCCAGCCUUCGGAAUGUGCCGAAGUCAUUGAGAUCUGUCCCUUUGACAGCUGCUUCUUGCCUUUUUCUGAUCCUUCUCGUCCAGAUACCUGUGGCGCCAAUGAUCAGUGCAACAUGUUGCCCCAACCUACUGGCCGUGGAUGCUCUUGCUGUCCAGAAGAGUGUGCUCCAGACAAUCCGAUGUUCAGUCCAUCUCCCGAUGGAAGUCCACCUGUUUGUUCUCCAACACCACUACCAAGUCAAGCACCUUCGGAUUGUGCCGAAGUCAUUGAGAUCUGUCCAUUUGACAGUUGCUUCUUGCCAUUGAGUGAUAUGGACCGUCCACCAAACUGUUCUCCCAACGAUCAAUGCAACAUGUUGCCCCAACCUACUAACCGGGGAUGCUCUUGUUGUCCCGAUGAAUGUACACCAGAGAACCCCAUGUUCACUCCAUCUCCGGAUGGCAGUCCACCAGCGUGUUCUCCAACACCACUGCCAAGUCAAGCACCUUCGGAUUGUGCCGAAGUCAUUGAGAUCUGUCCAUUCGACAGUUGCUUCUUGCCUUUUUCUGAUUCAUCCCGUCCACCAACUUGUUCUCCCAACGAUCAAUGCAACAUGUUGCCCCAACCUACUGGUCGUGGAUGCUCUUGUUGUCCAGACGAAUGUGCACCGAACAAUCCGAUGUUUAGCCCAUCUCCGGAUGGAAGUCCACCUGUCUGUACACCAACACAGAUGCCUUCUCCUUCUCCAACCCCUUGUUCGGAGAUUAUCAACUUUUGUCCAGUCUUGUGUUUCAGUCCCAAUGCCAAUCUUCGCCCUGACUUGUGCACCAAUAUUGGCAGACCUGACUGUGACAGCAUUCCUUUUGAUAUGAACUGCCCUACUUGUUGUCCAACUAUCUGUGUCGACUUCGAUCCCGAUAUUUGUGGAGCACCAACACCGGUUCCUACAAUCAUGCCAAGUGCAGCACCGUCGGAUUGUGCCGAAGUGAUUGAGAUCUGUCCAUUCGACAGUUGCUUCUUGCCUUUUACUGAUUCAUCCCGUCCACCAACUUGCUCUACAAGUGAUCAGUGCAACAUGUUGCCCCAACCGACUGGUAUUGGAUGCACUUGUUGUCCAGAGGAGUGUGCACCAGACAAUCCGAUGUUCAGCCCAUCUCCUGAUGGAAGUCCUCCGGUUUGUUCUCCAACACCUCUACCGAGUCAAGCUCCUUCAGAAUGUGCUGAAGUCAUUGAGAUCUGUCCUUUUGACACUUGCUUCUUGCCUUUCACUGAUUCUUCUCGUCCACCAAGCUGUGCUGCCGGAGAUACGUGCAACAUGCUGCCAUACCCGACUGGCGCUGGGUGUACUUGCUGUCCAGAUGAGUGUGCGCCGGAUAAUCCGAUGUUCAGUCCAUCUCCUGAUGGAAGUCCACCUGUCUGUUCUCCCACAGCGAUGCCGAGUCAAGCACCUUCCGAAUGUGCCGAAGUUCUCGAGACCUGUCCAUUUGAUGAGUGCUUCUUACCUACAACUGAUGCUUCCCGUCCAAGGGACUGUACCGAUCCAAGUAUCAACAGACCUCAAUGUAAUCAGCUGCCAUUCCCAACAAAUGCUGGAUGUCCACGCUGUUGUCCGGAUGAGUGCAGUGGUGACAAUCCGAUGUUCUUCCCAUCUCCUGAUGGCAGCCCACCAGUUUGUUCGCCGACUGCCAUGCCUUCUCCAUCACCUUCGAUUCCAGGAGACCUUGCCACAGAUUCACCAACUAUUCAGCCGAGUGCGCAACCAUCCGAAUGCGCAGAAGUUAUCAACUCCUGUCCAGAAACAUGCUUUUUGGCUCUGAAUGACGGAAAUCGUCCACAGGACUGUCAAGAUCUCACCAGUGGCGAAGGGGCCCAGUGCAAUUCUUUGCCACAACGCGGAAAUUGUGAUUGCUGUCCAAACGAGUGUAGCCCAAACAACCCAUUGUUCAAUGACAACCCAGAUGGAAGCUCACCAGAUUGCCAACCUACAGCCAUUCCUUCGCCUGUUCCAUCGCCGCCACCUACUCCAAUUCCUACACCGGGACCAACUCCAAUCCCUACACCGGGCCCUACUCCAGAUCCUACACCGGGUCCCACGCCACAGCCGACCUCAUGCACCUAUUUGAUCGACGAAUGUCCAACUUUAUGUUUUGAAGUUGAUCCAGAUGAUCGGCCGCCAAGUUGUGCCAUCCUUGGAAACACAUUUUGCAAUGCUCUUCCAAAUCCAAACGUGAAUGUGUGCAGCUGUUGUCCGGACGAGUGUUUGAAUCCACAGGACAGGGACGACUGUGCUCCCACUCCGGUUCCAUCUCCCCAACCAACGCCUGGUCCAACACCAUUCCCUACACCACCUCCGACGCCGCUACCAACCCCUCCACCGACGCCUGGUCCAACACCAUUCCCUACACCACCGCCGACGCCGCUACCAACCCCUCCACCGACGCCUGGUCCAACACCAUUCCCUACACCACCUCCAACGCCUGGUCCAACUCUUCCACCGACGCCUGGUCCAACACCAUUCCCGACACCUCCUCCGACGCCGGUACCAACACCAUUCCCGACACCACCUCCGACGCCGCUACCAACUCCACCGCCGACGCCUGGUCCGACACCAUUCCCGACACCACCACCGACGCCACUACCAACUCCCCCGCCGACGCCUGGUCCCACACCAUUCCCAACACCACCACCGACUCCUCCACCAACUCCAUUUCCUACACCGCCUCCGACAGCACAACCAACGGACUGUGUCUACAGAAUCGAAAAUUGUCCAGUUGCUUGCUUUGAAACGAAUCCAAAUGAUAGAGGACCGUUGUGUAGUGCUAUUGGUCUUGUCGAGUGUAACAUCGUCCCAAAUGACCCUUUCAGAUGUCAGGGCUGUUGUCCAGAUGAUUGUAUCAAUGCGGUUCUUGAUGGAUGCGAGCCCACACCAGUUCCUUCUCCUGUUCCUUCACAAGCUCCAAGUCCAUCUGAAUUGGAGUGUCAAUUGGAAUUGGAUUUCGACACUCGUUGUGAGUUUGGCUGUAAAUUCGAUGCUUGUACAGAGCGCCCAUACACCAUGUUAAUGUUCUACAAUGGCGGCGGAUGUGGUGGAACCCAGUUCCGUCGUUGUCCUGGUGAAAAUCCAGAUGCUUGUACCUGUACCAAAGAAACUUUGCCCUGUGAACUUUGGAAUAACAAUAAUGAGUGCGAGGAUUUCGAUCUGAAUGGAAAUGUCUGCGAUAACCUGGCUCAGUUCUGUGCGAGUGGACAAGUAAACCGACAGACUCCAGGAUGUGGACCACCUCCACCAAGCAUUGAUCACACAGUUUACAUCGAAGCUUUUGGCAAGGAAGAGCUUUACUUUGCUGGUCCAGUCCAGGUCAAUCGUACAUGGACUGCUGCUACUGUGGGAGAUCAAGUCGAGGCCAACACUGACAUCUUCACCUACGAGUGGAUCCCAGGUGUCGGAAAGGGACGACUGUUGCAGCGUGUUAUUUUUCACAGCUCUUGUUCGCAAGAGAUGUACCUCACUGAUCAAUUUGGUGCUCAUCAAAUUAUCGAAUUUGAUUCUUUCUGUCAAGUGUCCUGUAAUGAUCCUAGUUGUAUCGAAGUGACCGAGAAUGGUGUUACAUUUGGCAGAAGACGAAUCUCGUUGUUCUUGGAAACUGUAUCCGAUCUGAGCCUCGAGCUCCGAACAAAUGCAGUACAAGGCAGCGUCUUACUCAGUCAGGUGCUUGCCAUUUUUACUCCGUUGGAUUUCAGUUCGCCCACUGAAUUGUUCAACUUCAGUGAUGUGACUGGUCUAACAGUUCCUCCAGCAAUCACCGUACGUCCAGUCAGUACUAACAUCUUUAUCGCUGUUGACAAAACAUACUCGAUCGGAGCAGUUGUUACCGGGUUCUUGAAUGGAAACCCAUUCCUUCCUUGCCAACAAGUUGGUACUACUGAACUUAGAUGCGAAAAGUCUGCCGACAUUCCUUGCGAAUGCCCACCUUGCUUUGGAGGUGGUGACCCCGAUCUCUUCUUCGGCGAUGGCGAAGGUGACGGUAUUAAGAAGCCAAAGAAACAAGCAACCGGUCCCUCCAUCGAUUUUUUCGAUUUCUAG